UUAUGUCUCAUAAGCAUCAAAAGAUCGGACUAAACUCGAACUCGAUCCAUAGAUGAAACUAGUCACAGUGGCAUCAAAAGAUCGGACUAAACUAGUUGACAGUUGCAUUUAAGAAGUAAUGCUAUCUAGUUUCCGGUAUGAAUGCAUUAUCCAUCUGUCUAGCAACUUGCUCCUAGAUGGUCCUUAUUCUAGUCGUCCCUCUCCAUCACCCUAUAGUAUACCAUCAAACCAGUAGCCAUCGGAGUUACUCUUCCCCACACGUCGAUUUGCUAGCUAGGGAGUAGAUGUAGUACCACAUGGUACACUACCAUUAAUGUAGUCGAAAAGGAUAAGGAUUCCGCACAUUUCCUACUCGCCUUCCUGUACGUCGAAUGAACUGCGCCAAAUUGGUCACAGAGACCCAUUUGCCUAAAUCCACCAAAGCCCAUCCAACUCAACAAAAUGUCAGCUUCAGAAAGCCCAAUACCCAGUCAAGAUACAAGGAGGUUCUGCUCAUAGAAAUAUAGGUCGCUCUAUGGUUAUUCAUUCAUCUCUUUUUGUAAUCGCUCAUCAACAGAAUUAGUCACUAUUCUUUGCGGCAAUAUGAUGUAUUGAUGAUACAACUAAAAGAAGAAGAAAAGAAAAAAAAAAUACUCCACAUGGCUACAUGGUUCACUAAAAGGCAGAUAAAUUUUAACAAGCCAAUAUUUACGUUAUAUUUUAACUCAUCUUCGAUUAGAGUAUUUGAUUAUUCGAUCAGAAUUCAACCCAUGUUAUCUCAAACCAUUCUUGAUAUCUUCCUUCCUACUUGCUGAUAGCAUAUUAGAUGGUUUCUAUGCCAUUUUUUAUUUCAUUUAAGUGAUUCAAAUCACCGAUUUUGACAAAAAUCUUAUAGUGAUCGAUAAAGUAAUCGAUAAAAUCGAAUUCGAUGGCUAUUGAGCGACCAUAUUGCCACCGAGUCUAAAGUUCAGUGACCAUUACGUAACUCGGUACUGAGCCAUACAAGAAAGAAUUUUGAGAAAAUAAUUGGUUAAAAUAUAUAUAUAACACAUACCAUCACCUAUUUCAUGAAUCAUCUACCCAGCUCUUUUAUGAAUGGUGACAAGAACUUCUAUUGCAAGAAAAUUAAAAGGGAACAAAAGUACAAAAGCCACCUGAAAUCCAUGGCAAAGAAAACAUACAAAAAAGAAAAAGCCACCUAAAAAACAUCUACCAAGCUUCCUUUUAAUUUUUUUCCCUUAAAUUUGUCAUUGUGUUAUCGACUUUUACAACAAAUUAAAAACGACCAAUGUUAUACCAUCCAGCAUAAACCGCCCUGAUAUAUUUAAGUCAGCCAUUAAAGUUUUCUUAUAAGUAAUGACCAGAAAUACAGAGAGAAAGAGCUGGAGGAGUGAGGAUGGGAAAACAAGAGUACUGCGUAACCGGUGGGACUGGCUUCAUCGCCGCCUACUUGAUCAAGUCGUUGCUUCAACACGGCCACACCGUUAGAGCCACCGUCCGCGACCCAGGGGAUGAAGACAAAGUUGGGUUUCUGUGGGAGCUGGAGGGAGCUAAAGAGCGGCUGAAGCUCGUGAAAGCCGAUCUGUUGGUCCCGGAGAGCUUCGACGACGCCGUCCGGGGCGUCGACGGCGUCUUCCACACCGCUUCGCCGGUGCUCGUCCCCUACGACGACAACAUCCAGGAGAGCCUGAUCGAUCCAUGCAUAAAGGGCACGCUGAACGUGCUGACGUCAUGCUCCAAAUCACAGACCGUGAAGCGGGUGGUCCUGACGUCAUCCUGCUCCUCCAUACGGUACCGUUUCGAUGCGCAGGCCGCCUCCCCUCUCAACGAGUCCCACUGGAGCGACCUCGAUUACUGCAAGCGCUACAAUUUAUGGUAUGCAUUAGCGAAGACGACUGCCGAGCUAGAAGCAUGGAGGACAGCCGAGGAGCAUGGCAUCGACCUUGUGGUGGUCAACCCUUCUUUCGUCGUGGGCCCGUUGCUUGGGCCCAAGCCCACCAGCACCCUCCUGCUCGUCCUUGCAAUUGUCAAAGGUUUGCGAGGGGAGCUUCCAAACACAACGGUGGGAUUCGUUCACAUAGACGACGUGGUAGCAGCCCACAUCUUGGCCAUGGAGGACAGGAGAGCCUCUGGGAGGCUGGUUGUGUCGGGCUCCGUGGCUUACUGGUCGGAGGUCAUCGACAUGCUCAGGCCCAAAUAUCCGGGCUAUCCUUACGAAUCCAAGUUGUCGGCCCAGGAGGGAGACAGCAACCCGCACAGCAUGGACACUAGCAAGAUUGGUCAACUGGGUUUCCCUCCUUUCAAGACCUUGGAACAGAUGUUUGAUGAGUGCAUCAUUAGCUUCCAGCAAAAAGGACUACUCUAACUAUGCACAAUCUCUCCCCAUCCCACACUAAUCGAGUUUAUUGCAGAUGCAGAGGGAAUUAUGAUCCCAUGGACCAACGAACUUGUGAUCCAACGGUAUUAAAUAAGCAGUGAAACUCAUUGUUGAUGCACAAAUCUUAUUUUCUUUUCUCGUUUUUUGUCAAUAUAAUUUGAUGUUACGA